AUGAAUAGUAUCAUUGAGAAGGUUGAUGCAAACCCCAAAGAGUAUCACCCGGUCAUCAAAGAGUUCAAGGACAUGAUCGAAAACAACACUCGCAUUCACCUCCUCGUCUGCUCUAUGUUCGAGCAAAUUCCUUCGAAAAAGCCGUACUCUCAGGACCCUGAAGGCCACAAGCAAGUCCGCGACUACGAGCAUAUGCUCAUGCUCUUUAAUCACAUCCUAACUACAGCCCCCGAAUGGAACGACCGUUCGUACGGCAUCGGCAUGGUUGGUACGCCAUUGAACGCCAUCCUAGAUUGGCCAAUGGGCACACCUUCCGGCUUCGCAUUCUUCCUGGACCCUGAGGUGAACAAGAUGAUGAAAAAGGUGCUGAAUGCCUGGGCAGAAUUUCUCUCCAGUCCGCCAUCGGCUUACGUCCUCGGCAACGACUCCAUCGGCUGGUUCAGCGAUCACGGAACGACUGAUCUGGCCGCGACGGCCAAUGUAGGCAAGACAUCCUACAAGUUCGAAGAGUUGUUCAAAUGCGACCCCAGUGCUAAGCACCAUGGCUUCAAGUCCUGGGACGAGUUCUUCACGCGGCACUUCCACGAGGACAAGCGGCCCGUCGCCUCUCUGGAUGAUGAUACCGUGAUUGCUAACGCAUGCGAGUCCAAGCCCUACAACGUAGCCCGGAGUGUCGCCCCGCGCGAUCGCUUCUGGAUCAAGGGCCAGCCGUACAGUCUGCUUGACAUGCUAGACCACGACCCUCUGCACGAGCACUUCAUCGGCGGCACAAUAUAUCAGGCCUUCCUUUCCGCGUUGAGCUACCACCGCUGGCACGCUCCCGUGUCUGGUACUGUCAAGAAAGCAUAUGUCAAGGACGGGACAUACUUCUCUGAGCCGCUGUUCGAAGGGCUGGGUGAUCCGUCUGCUAAAUCCAACGACAUCAACAAAGGCGGCGAGACGAACGGGCAGGGCUACUUGACUGCGACUGCGACACGGGCAAUUAUCUACUUUGAAGCUGAUAACAAAGAUAUCGGCUUGGUGGCCUUUUUAGGCAUUGGCAUGACGGAGGUGAGCACGUGCGACAUUACGGUAAAGCAGGGUCAGCAUGUUAAAAAGGGAGACGAGAUUGGAAUGUUCCAUUACGGUGGCAGUACGCAUUGCAUUAUAUUCAAGAAGGGUCUUGAACUAGAGGAAUUCCCCGAGAUUGGUGGUGAGGAGAACGUGCCUGUGAGGUCGAAGCUGGCAGUUGUAAAGAAGAGCGGCUGA